AUGGCGACGAGGAUACCGCACCUCCUCGAGACCUACCUCGCCCUCCCGCCGGAAUGCGCGCAGAUCCUCCUCACAAGCGUCCUCGGCGCCAGCACCAACUGGCUCGUCCUGCGGUACCUCUACUCGUACCUGCGCAAGCCGAGCCCGGGGGCAGAAGACUCGCCGGCCGACGACGUCCGCGUCGUCCUCGUGAGUUUCAUGCGGGACUUUGCGUUCUGGAAAGAGGGCGCGGGAAGAUUGGGUCUGGAUCUCGAGGCGCUCGGUCGCAGCGGGAAAUUCGUCUUCGUCGACGGGCUGAGUGGGUUGUUCACGGGUGUCGCGCCGCCGGCGGCCAAGGGCAGGAGGACGCUCUGCGGGGCGAAGCUCCCGGACGUCCAGCGCGAGCUCGAGGCUGCCGUCUCGGACGUGGCCGUCGCGGACGGCAAGACUGUCUUGAUUGUCGACCAGCCUGAUCUGCUACUCGCCGCAGCUGGGGAGGGUGUCACGGGGCUGACGUUGAGGAAUUUGUUGCUUGAUGUACAGGAGAAAGUCCACGCCUCGAUCGUUACUGUCGCAGCAGACGAGCCGCUUGUGGCUGCGCAGGCUACGACGCUGGAGAAGGAGCAAGCGAGCUUCGUGUUGGGGCUUGCGCACGCCGCGGAGACGGUCGUCAGCUUGCGAUUGCUGGACACGGGGACGGCGAGCGACGUUAGCGGCGUAUUGAGGAUCACUGCUGGAGGCGAUGGGGACGGGGAGAGGGCUGUUGAGGAGACGGAGCUGCUGUAUUUCGUGGGCGGGGAUGGAAGUGUCAAAGUGUUUGGACGGGGCCAGUGA